AUGAAUCUGCAGGUUGCACCGGAUCAGGUGAUGUGCAAGGCCUUCUCGCAAACUUUGACGAAUGCUGCUAGGGAUUGGAAGACAGCAGCUUUCCUUAUGCAACUUAGACAAGGGCAAAAUGAGACCCUACGUGACUUCAUGACCAGGUUCAACAAGGAAAGACUUCAGAUUCCCGACCUACACAUAACUGCAGCAGUUUCUGCCCUCACAUAUGCCAUAAAGUGCGAAGCUUUCAAGAUGUCCUUAUCCAAAACUCCGCCGAAGACAGUCAUCGAGCUUCUUACCCGAGCUGAGAAGUACAUAAAUAUGGAGGAAACACUGAACCCGAGAAAGGUUGGACCAUCCCAUGACAAGGUCGAGCAUAAAAGACAGCAUGACCCGAACCCUCGUGAAGAACAGCAUCGGAAAAAACAGAGGCAGGAGGUUCCCCCGACGCCGUUCACGCGUCUAAAUACGUCAAAGACCAAUAUAUUGAUGGAGAUCAAGGAUAUGAAGGAACUGAAAUGGCCUGUCAGAAUGAGGUCACCACCCGAAUCCAGGGACAUGAACAAGUACUGUGAGUUCCAUCGGGAUCAUGGGCAUACCACAGAGAACUGUAAGGCCCUACAACGGGAGAUUGAAGCCCUUAUUAAAAGAGGACUACUGAGCUCCUACAUCGGUAAUGACAAGCGCCCAAGGAAUGAUCGUGGCAGGGAAAAAGACCCUGAGGCAAAAGGGAUGGUCAACCCACUGCUGGAACCAUCAAUAUUAUCAUUGGAGGUAUUGCCUCGGGAGGAGACUCCAACAAUGGAAGAAAACAGUAUGCCCGACGAUAUGCCUUGGCCUCUGGGAUGCCUCAUGGAAAGCUGGAGGAUAUCACUUUUGGGACCGGAGACUUAG